GAAAGAGAAAAGAAAGGCUGGAAGUGGGUCAUCAUAUAUAAAGACAAGUUCAAGGCAAAUACGGUUUCAGAUAUUUCUUAUUAGCCGUGUGGAUAGCAGGUACCUGUGCAUCAUAUCUAUUCAGAAAAUUGUAGGAUACUAUUAGUAGAACAGAAUGUCAUCUCCAAAGGCAGCUGGUUGGACUUUAGUGUCAAUUCUAAUUUGCAAUUUUGUCUUGAUACAUGCCUAUCCACAACAUCAUCCAUCGCACACUCAGAACCAGUCCCACCAACAGCAUCCGUCAUAUUAUACAAAUCCCCAACUCGACAGAAAAUUCGCCGAAAAACCGAAUGCCAUCAAGAAAGUAGCCCUGGACGAUAUUGACGAUAUCCAAACCAAUCAGAUCCAAGAUGGAGGAUUUUCGUGGUCCAACAUGCUGGGAAUGCUCAUGCAAAUGGUGUUCAACAAUAAUAACAAUGCCCCCACAAAAUCAGACGACAUUGAUAACGGUGGCAGCUUUGGCCAAUCGCCCUGGGCGAAUGUGAUUUCAGUUGGACUCAAGAUUAUCACCGCAUUACUUGGAGGUGGCACCAACGACGGUAUUGACAAGGUCGACAAUGGCGGAUCGCCAAUGCAGAAUGUGCUCGCGGCUGUGUUUACAGCUAUGUUCGGUGCUAAGGACCCAGAUCAAGUGAACACUAUGGCAAAACAAGCUGGUGAGUUUAUCAACAUUGUAGUCAACUUGCUGGACGCCCUGAAGACCUCGUUCUCUCACCGUUCAAUGUCCGCGAGAAAUUUGGGGAAAAAAGACUCGUUCAGUGAUGCAGCUGUAGCCGGAAUCACCGUUAUGAAGACGUACGCAAGGGCCUACCAUAACUCAGAGGACAAGUGCCUGUUGAAGUAUAUUUGCGAAGCCAACAACGACUGUAUGAACUCUAUUGGUGGAUCAAGCAUCUUCUGCCAGGUUGGAAACUAUGCCACCAGCUACAUUCUUGAGAGGCAAACAUCAAAGUCAUUUGAAACUCUUUAUGAAGCAGGACGAAAUGGCCGAUUAGGCCUGGAUUGUCGACAGCUUUACCUGGAGUGCAACGAAGUCUAAACCAUCACACUGCACAUCUUUAAAACAAACUUUCAAGAACUGGCAUAUCAACAAACAAUACAAAGCAUGUGCCUUAAGCAUUGAUCUGGAAUUAUCAAAAGUUAAAUUGAGCGCAUUUUACCAUCAUCGAACUACGUUACCUUUCCGGAUAAAAAAUGGCGUUUCGAACGAUUAAAGUUAAAACAUUAUGUGGCUUCAACGACUACUCGUAAGGGAUAAGUUCAUCUAUUGUAUUAAAAAAAAGUCCAAUGCAACUCGUAUUGGGAGCAUGUGAUUCCGUCCAUUAUAGGUUUUGAGUUUCAGAUAGCAUUUAAUACGUUUUCUUGUCUAUAAAUUAUUGUGCACCAAAGCAAUUCUUUCCACAUGUUUGCCUCAGAGCGUAAUUUCACGAGUUUUCGAAAAGAUAUUUGCUGAAAAUCCAAACAACUAAAUUGUGAAACGGUUAAUAUGAAUCGUUACAAAACGUAGUUUUCAACGUAUAACAUUUUCUAAGUAUGAUACAAAUGUUAAAGCAUGAUCGGAAAUAAUUACGCUCAUUUUGUUUGUAAUUAUUUUGCUGGUAAUGCAUUCAAAUUUGUAUAUGAAUGUUUAUUUAUUUAUUUAUGUUAUUUAUUAAAUUAACUAUACAUUUUUCUACAUAAUAUUAAAUGAAUGAACACAUUAAUUAGUGUUUAGAAUUUUCCAUCAAGUGUCAAUCAUUUUUCUCUUUAUAAAUUUAGGAAAAGACAACAUAAAUUUAACUGACUUCAAUAA